AUGGGAAAAGGAAAGAAUAAAAAUAAAGAAAAAGAGUCAUAUUCGAAGAAUAGAUCGAAGAAGUCAGAUGAAGAAGACUAUGACAGUGAUGCUUCUGAGUCAACUCACCUCAGUUUUGACUCAGAUAUGAGAAGUAUUCAAGGUGAUCAAUUGGAAGCAGAAGCAGAGGCAGAAGAACAAGAAGAAAAAAUUAUUGAUGCUUUAGUUGAACAUAUUGAUAAUGCUUCUCACAAGACCAUAUCCAUAAGAGUAGCUGCAGUUCGUCAAUUGCUCGCCGCUUUCUCUAGAUACUAUUUGCCAGACUUUGUAUCUAAAUGGAAAGUAACCCUCGUUGAUUUGGCCACAAAAUUUAUUAAAAAAACCGAUGACGAAUGCUCUUUAGGUUGUAAUCUUUUGGCUCAAAUAGCGUUACAAACAGGAAAUGACAUUAGUUCAUUAAUUGAAGAACCUAUUUCUUUACUACGCUCUAUAGCAGCUGAUGAUACGAGAUCAAGCGUUCUGCGAUCACGUGCUUGUCUUUCAAUAGCUGUGACUAGCAGUUUGUCGUGUGAGGACGACGUAUCUAUAAGAGAAAAUUUAAAAGCUUUGAAACAAUGCUGGAGUACAAAGAAGUUGAACUCACAAGACACUACACUUUUCACGUUGGCUUUGCCAUGUUGGGCUUUAAUGUUACGGGAAGUUGAUCUGAAUGAAGUAAGCGCUGCCUUGUCGGAUUAUUCGAAGCUCACAUCGUUCCUUGGAGCCACCCAAGUAGAGAACAGGAUAGCUGCUGGAGAGACCAUAGCUUUCAUAUACGAGCUUAUGAGAGAAGGCUCUAAUCCUAAUUACCGAUUUGCAAACCAUGGACAAAUGAUCGAAGUUUUGGACGAAUUGGCAUCUGAGUCUUCCAAAGUAAAGAGUAAAAAGGAAAGAAGAACCCUCCGAUAUUCCUUCAGGCAAAUACAUGCUUAUAUUGUUCAUGAUGAAGCUCCCAAUAUUACGAUAAAAUUCAAUAAACAGAACCUGGUACUCGAUACUUGUGAAAGUAAAGUUAUUUAUGAUCUUUGCUGUGAAGUCUUGCAUGGUGGAAUGAUGCAUCACCUCGCCUCGAACGAAAUACUUCGUGAUAUUUUCGAUUUGGGACCCAUUCUAGAGACAGUGGAGAAAGUAGACAAGCUCUCUCGGCUCGCUUUUCACGAUGCGAAUACCAAGAACCGUAACCAGGUUAGAGGGAAGCAAAGAGACAAAAGAUCCGUUGUAUAUUGA